UUGCAGGAAAAUCGUGAAUACCUUUACGCAGUCAGGAGGAACUCCCAUCCUCCUGCAUGUGUCCAGAUGGCUCUCAAACACUUGGAUCUGGAUGUCUGGUUAGCAACAUCUGUUGAAUGGAGUCAAAAGCAGAAUAUAUCAACCCUUGCAGAGAUAGUUGUGAUGAGAGAUGACCUGGAAUCAACCUUGAUAUCUCUGAAAAUUGAACUGGAUAAUCUGGGUGAAAUCGGAAUUGUAUUUAAAAAAUAUCCUAGUAUCGGUCACUUCCUGGGCAGACUGUGUGGGGUGAAUGGCUUGUUGUUAAGCAAGGGGGUUUAUUUGGCCCUCAUGAAAUGUGUCAUGUGGUUCUAUGUGGAAAACCCCAAAUCGCCUGUUGAAGUAAAAGCAAAGCAAUGGGCACUGUCACAAUUAAGAAGUACUGUAUCCUAUGGAAAAGAACAGUUUCCCAUGACUGCACUGAAGUCUACAGGCACAACACAGAGUACCUUCAACACUGUUUGUUUACAACAAGUGAUCCAGGACCUCACCAAAGAUCUACAUGGCCCAACCAGGGAAUGGGAUCAUAAUUUACAAUGUCAUAUACCCCACCAACCUAAAAAGGUCCCAUCUCAUACAAUUAGAGAUAUCAUAACGAUACUGAAGGCUGUCUCAGGGGGCCAAGGCUGUGAUGAUCUAGAGGAGACACUGCUGAGGUAUAUAGCAAAAUCAGAGCAGACAGUUGGAGUGAGAGAGGUGUAUAAGACAUUACAACAGCAAUCAGACUUGAGUUAUGGUGCUAAAUUGAUCCUCUGGUCUAACUACCUGCCUCAUCUUGAAAGAACAUUACUAGAACUAUUGAGGUCCCACUUGAAUGAUGAGGGCUCUAGAAUUGAUAAGAUGUGCAACAUUAAACAAUCUAUGUUGGACAGAGCUUGUGCUGAAAGGCCUUACAUAUAUGAUACAGUGUUCUGGAUUUUGGAAAACCUGUAUGAAAAGAGUGGAUGGGAUCCAUGCAUCAGUGACUUCAUAGGCUUGUUACAUUCAUCCAUUGUGGAAUUGAUUUACAUGUCAAAUGCACAAUUAUCAACUGCCCCACUGAAGUGCUGUAGAUCUUGGCUCCACUCCCUUGUCAAUCUUAUACAACUGAGCUCCAAAAAUCUGAGACUGACUUGUUGUGAGGCUCACUUGACAGCCAUCAGACUGGUGCUUUGUGAUGUUAUAGAGGGCGCCACAACAAAGGUCAAGGCCAAAGAACUGUUGAUGCUACUAACUCAACAUAAAGAAUGGUGUCACAUAGCAUUGCAGUGUGCCUUUAUUGCAUCUAAAAAGGUCUCCCAGGACUGCACUUAUAUAUUGUGUGUAUUACACUGCUUACUGGGUGAUGCUAGCAAUGUAGCUAAAUGUCAGGAGUCAAUAAAUGACAUAGUGCUGUCACUGAGAGGCCUUAUGUCCAAGUCAUCCCUCACAAUCCAAGAUGUCAAACUAGCCAUACAACCUGCGAUAAACACUGCACUAUCUCAAACUCCACUAUCUCAAACGUCAGUAUCAUCUGGUCUGCUGCAUACAACUUCUCCUCUUGUGAAAAAUUGUACCACAGCUGGAGUAGAAAACGAGGUGGUUAGAAUUACCAAGCAACUAGUCAUGGUGUUCAUUGUGAUGUCACAAAAUGGAAUCAAUCUUAUUGAGGACAUAUUCAAGGUGCUGCAGAUAGAAACUCCGAGAACGCAGUUGAUUUCCCUGCUUGAAACACUAGAGCAUCUGCAAACAGCACCAAGGCUCCGAAGGACAAACAAUAAAACUAAAAUUCAGCAUCAUUUACAACAUUUAUUAAAUAGUAUUGAAAUGCCAGAUUCGUGGCUGAGACAGAAAACAAUUAAUACAAUGAAAUAUAUGCAGUAAGACAAGCUGUGAGGGAGGAUUGGUUAAUGAUUUUUAUGUUACCACCAGACGUGCUGACAUAUUGUUAUGAUCUCCAACU